AUGUAAAUUUAUUAACCAAAAGUAAUAGAAAAAGAAUUUGAUUUGUUAUGUAGAUUAAAUCAUCCAUAAAUAGAAUUUGUGAUUCUAGAUCCAUAAUUAUCAAGAAAUCAGAGGCUCUUAUGCAAGUCUUGUGGUCAAUAGAGUCAAUCUAAUUCUUAAAUUAUUGAUUAUCAGUUUCUUAAAUAUUGUUUUGAUUAAUAAUAAAAAGAAUAGAUUUUAGAACAUGAGUCAAUUAUUAUGCCUCAUAUAUAAUAUUUGGAAUUUAUAGAACAAAAUAGAAUCUCUAAAAACAAGAUUGAUUCAAUAACUUGA